AUGUUUAAUAAACCACAGUCAAAUUAUUUAACCUUAGAUUUCAAAAAGGUUAAAAUUAAAGAUGUGCAGACUUCCUAGCCCCAGACUCAUCGAAUUAAUACAUCAAGAACUAUCUUGAGAAAGCUCAGAAUGGAUGGUUUUAGAUGCUAAACAGAUAGAGAUAAGAAUUCGUAUCAGGAGGUCACUAAUUACGCUCAAGAGAAGUUGAUUUACAAAUAAGAGUUUGAGGAUGAAAGAAAGAAAAAGCUCGAAUAAUUGAGAUGUGAAGUGGAAGAAUUAAAGUUGGAUUACGUAUAAAAAUAAAAGGAACUUAUUCAAAGUAGGAAAUAAGUAAACAAUGCUCUCAAGGGUCUAGUCAAUUCACACACAAAAUAUAAAGAUUAUCAAAUUGGGGAUGUUAAACUCUAUCAAUAAUAUUAUCGUUGUAAGACAGAUACUCCCUUUCAUCUAAAAAAUACCAUUUAUGAUGCUUAGAAAUAUUAAAACUAUUACGGUAAAUUGUAAAAAGCCAAUUUAAAACUUAAUCAUCAAGUUCAAUUUGCUAUGAUUCAAUAUCGUAAACAACUAGAAGAAUCUCAGUAAAGAAUUCCAAACUUUUUAAAAUCUAUCCAAUAAGUUUUGUGA